CCCUUCUGCUCUCCCUCGUCCCCAUCUGAGAGAAAAUCUAAAACUGGCGGCUUACAUUGCUCUUCUCGAUUAUGCUGUCGUCGUUUUCCUCUACAAUCGCAGUUAUCGUUUCAAUAUCCUCUCAUGUCACUCCUUUGCAUUGGAAAGCCCUACCCUUCUCCUUCGCCAUCGCUCUGCUGUUCAGCUUUGACAAUGUCCUCAGCCUCCACGCUCCUCUCUUUCUCCUUAGCACCAGCACCAGUGGCGCUCAGGGGGCGCUUUAAUGGCGCUCUCCUUCGCCUCGGGGACCUCAAUUUUGGAGUUCCUUUCCGAUCCAGAGAAGCUAUUUUUACAACCAUGGAUGCCCAAUCCUCAAGAGGGAUGCAGCUGGUAGAGUUAUGUGCCAAGUGAAAUUGGAGGAUGAUGUUGAUGAUGAGACGUGUGAAUUGGUUAGUGGACUUGAACUUGUUAUAGGGGAGGGCCAGGACAGCAUCCGUGCUUAUCUGUUGAAGGCAGUAAAGAACAACAAUGGAACUGGUGUGCUUCUUCUAUCUGAUAUAUUUGGAUUUGAAGAUUCCUCUACACGGGACUUUGCGUAUCGGGUUGCUUGCAAUGGUUACAAUGUACUUUUACCUGAUCUUUUUCGUGGGGACCCAUGGAGCCAAAGCCGCCUCCAUACUGAAUUUGAGCCAUGGCUAACAAGCCAACUAGCAUCAAGGGUAGCAAAGGAUAUUGAUACAUCAGUCAAGUGGCUUGCCAAUGAAUUCACAGCAGCUGGAAUAUCGGAGAAGCUCGGUAUAAUUGGAUUCUGUUUUGGUGGUGGAAAGCUAAUUGAGACAUUGGCUCGGGAUCAGCACUCAAAAUUUGGCACUGGAUUCUGUUUUGGUGGUGGAAAGCUAAUUGAGACAUUGGCUCGGGAUCAGCACUCAAAAUUUGGCACAGGCGUCUGUUUCUACGGAACACGGAUCGAUACAUCUUUAGCUAGAGACAUCAAAGUUCCUGUCCUGUUUAUAUGCGGGGAUAAGGAUCAUCUUUGUCCUCUUGGUAUAUUAGAGGAGGUGGAGAAGAAAGUUGAGGGUUCGAGGGUAGUAAUCUACUCUGGAAGAGGGCAUGGAUUUGCUCAUCGGCCAGAAUCUCAGGAAGAAGAUGAUGAUGCGGAGAAUGCUUUUGCCAUUAUGAGGAGUUGGCUACAGGAUUGCUUGGUUUCGGUUAAGAACCGUAUUGUAUAACCUUUAAAAAGUUUUUAGAUGUUGUUUCAGUUAUAUGAAUAGGGUAGUGUUCAUGCUGUUGUUUAUUCUGUUCAACUUCUAGUUGUUUCUCACAUUCUACAAGUGUGUUGUGGUAAUUAAGUUUGUAUGUGAUUUAUUGUAUCGUAUAUGAGUUGUUUUUGGUGAUUA